GCAUCUUCGGCUUUUCGCUGGACCCCUUCGGCGGCAUCCCCCUGGCCGGCCCGCUACGCGCCACUGCGGUCCCGCUUCGGAGGCUUGAGCCGGGGCGGAGGGGUCGGGGGCAAAGGUCGAGCCUUGCUUCUUCUUCUUUUUUUUUCCCCUCUCCUCCCCCCCUCCUCUCUUUUCCCCCGCCGGCGGGGAGGGGGCAAGGACGAAGUUUGCCAGCCACCCGCAAGGGGGGAAGGCAUCGGAUUCCCCCUCCUCCUCUUCUCCUCCUCCUCCUCCUCCCCGCUGCCCUCCUUUCCUUCCUUCCUUCCUUCUUUCUCCUUUCCUUCCUUCUUCCCCUUCCCCCCCCCCUCCCCCGAACGACGGCCCCCCGGCUCCCCUUGCCCACGAUGCUGCCUCUGUGGCUCCUGGUCAGCUCGGGGUUGAUCGCAGCCAGCCGUGGGAAUCUCUCGCACGACCGAAGCCAGCCGGUGACCUCCGAUGAAGUUGUGGUGGCAGGUUCGAAAGUCGUCCUCUCCUGCAAGGUGGAGGACCCAGAAGACUCCUCACUCCAAUGGUCCAAUCCUGCUCAGCAGACACUCUAUUUUGGAGAAAAACGAGCAUUGCGAGACCUUCGGAUCCAGCUGGAGAAUUCGACGGCCAACGAGCUGAGCAUAAGUAUCGAUAACACCACCCUGGCUGACGAGGGGGAAUAUACCUGCACGAUAUUCACCCGGCCCGUACGGACUGCGAAAGCGAUGGUCACCGUCUUGGGAAUCCCACAGAAACCCCAAAUCUCGGGUUACUCAGGUCCUCUUAGGGAAGGAGACGUGGCCGUCUUGACGUGUCUCUCUUCCGGCAGUAAGCCAGCAGCUCAGCUCAGAUGGAACAAAGGUGAAAAACUCCUGACAGGGCAGCCAUUGGAAGUCUCCAAAGAUGCCAACGGAAAAACCUUUACGGUCACCAGCCAAGUAGAAAUUACGGUCGGCAAAGAGGACGACGGUGCGAACGUCACCUGUACGGUCGAUCACUCGUCUCUGCAAAUCUCUGAGAAAUCGGCUUUGCAGCGUCUCUCCGUCUUUUACAAACCGACGGCAAAGAUCGAACCCAAACCGGAGCAUCCGCAAGAAGGAGACAGUUUAGUGCUACACUGCAAAGGGGAAGGCAAUCCAAUCCCCCAGGAUUACAAGUGGGAGAAGGACGGUGUCGACGCCCCCUUGUUGGAUGCUCAAGAUAACAUCCUCGCCUUCCCCAACUUAAACAAAAGCGACAGUGGGACUUAUAUUUGCUAUGCUUCCAAUCUUGUGGGCAACUCCAUUGCGAGAUACACCCUCUCCGUCAGCGAUGCUAGUCCCAUGACACCGCAAAGGAGCAGCUACCAUGCCAUUGUUGGGGGCGUCGUAGCCUUUGUCAUCUUCUUCCUCCUCAUCCUCCUCAUCGUUCUCGGACACUACUUGAUUCGGCACAAAGGUACCUACCUGACCCACGAGGCCAAAGGCUCCGAUGAUGCCCCUGAUGCUGACACGGCCAUUAUCAAUGCAGAAGGAGGUCAACCUGGCGGGGACGACAAGAAGGAAUACUUCAUCUAAGAGGGGAGAGGGUGGGGCAUGGUGGCAGGGCAGCCUGGGGGGGAGAAAGGAGGAGGAGGAGGAGGAGGAGGGGGGGAAAAAGGAAGAAGUUGUUAGUGGCCCAGUGGACCCCGACCUCAACCAUCGGAUGACAACGGAACCCACCCACCCAAAAUGUCUAUGGGAUUUAUCUCGUGCCCGGAAAGGAAUUGGACAGAAGGAACAGAGGAACAGUAGGAAGGCAGGGCCGAGACUAACCACGGAUGGAGAAGGAGAGAGAGAGAGAGAGAGAGAGGAAGAAGGGGGUAUAAAAACAUCCGCUGGCUCAUGAUGCUUCUUGAACUUGUAUAAAACAUUGCAACCACAUGGGAGGGGGGGGGACUCCCUCCCACCCCCCCAUCUGAACAUUGGGAAUCCUUGGAAACCAACAAAAGACACCCUCCCCCCACCCAGCUUUUCCUGCUUGCUUGUAUCUACAUACCUGCGGCUGCCAAGCUCACACUAAACAAACAGAGCUGAAGAGUGAGUGAUGAUGCUACCUUCCUUCCCUUUCUCCCUCCUUCCCCUCGUUUCCUUCCUUCCCUUUCUCCUUCCUUCCUUCUUCCCAUUUCCUUCCUUUCUUCCAUUUCUCCUUCCUUCCUUUCCUCCUUCCUUUCUUCCAUUUCUCCUUCCUUCCUUUCCUCCUUCCUUCCUUCCCUUUCUCCUUUCUUCCUUCCCUCCUUCCUUCGUUCCUUCUUUCCUUCCCUUUCUCCUUCCUUCCUUCCUUCCUUCCUUCCCAUUUCCUUCCUUCCUCAUUUCCUUCCUUUUGGCUUGUUUUCAGGGCUGUUGGUUUGAGGGAGGGGGGGCGUGGCGUCUCUUCCCUCACCCCUCCUUUCCUCCUCCCCUUUUUUUUUGGGAAGAUCUCUGUUCUUCUCCCCUUCUGUUAUAGGCAUGUCUUGAUGGUAGGGUUGGGGGGCAUUUGAGGGAUUGGAUGGGUCUGUCUUUGCGUUCUUUAGGAGGGUCCUUGUUGUGGGCUACAGCCUCCAGGAUAAAAUCAGCUCGGGAAUAAACACACUACUCGGGAAUAAACACCCACCCCCCCAUAGGUACGAUGUGGGUCAUUCCUCCCAGUAAGAAAUGUUAAAAUUUCUCCCGCAAAUUCGGAUCUUGGCUAGGACGAAGGACCAAAAAGUUUAAGAUGGUUGAACCGAGGAACCAAGUAAGAUAUAUAUAUGAGAAGGUGAAGAGUGAGGGGGUCCUUUGAGCCGCAAAUAAUUCCCUUGGUCUUUGAAGAAUAUUUUUUGUUUCUUGGUUUCUUCCUGAAUAAGAAGGGAUGGUCUCUUUUUUUUUGAAGUCUUCUUGAUCGGGUGCCCUUAAAUCUUCUUCAAACAAAUUGGUACUCAGUUACAUGAGUCCUCUUGAUCAGAUUUGGUAUUCAGCUGGCUCAGACCGGUUCGUGCGAACUGGUAGUGGAAAUUGCGAUUGGGUUAUUUAAGUCCUCUUAAUUCUGAACAAUUGGAGUCAAUUACCAGGGCCCAAUGAACUGGAUGAAUUGGUACCUUUGAUUCGGGUCCUUUUCAUUGAGACAAAUUGACACUUAUUACCCGAAUAUCCCUGAUUCGGGGGAAAAAUGGGUCAGGAUAACUCAGAUCUUCCUGGAUUUGGACAAAACGAGUAACCAAAUACUCGUGUCUUUCUUUUUUUUUUUUUUUUUGAGCAGCAAUUAUUUAGAUCCAAGAUUUGGAGAAAGUGAUAACUAACUUGGUUGGAUCCUUUUCAUUCAGACAAAUCGGUACUAGUUUUGUGAAUUUCCUGGAUUCAGAACAAUCAAUCUUUGUAAACCAGAUCCUUGAUUUGGACAAACAAGGACCAAUUUACCCGAGUCUUUCUCAAUUCGGAGCAUCAGUUAUUCGGAUCCAGAAUUUGGACCAAGGGAUAAGUGAUGACUUGGGUCCUUUUCAUUUAGACAAAAUUGGGACCAGUUGUUCGAGUUUUCCUUAAUUUCAGAAUGAUCAGUUCUCGUAAUUCAGAUCCUUCAUUUGGACAAAUGAGAGCACCGAUGGCUCGCGUCCUCUCGAUUUUUGAAGCAUUGAUAUCUCUUACUUGGGUUCUCGUGAUUUGGAAGAAUUGGGGAGGGUGUCUGUGCUCGGAUCCGCUGACUUUGUGUCGGCAACAGGUCCCGGGGGAAGAGCGGGGAAGGGUCUGUGCCAGAGGAGAAAGUCCUUGCGAACUGAUUUUAUCCUUCAGUCUCGUUUCGUUUCUCUCUUUGUCCGAGAGAAGAAUGUUGUUUUGUGGUCUGUGUUACCAAGGGGCGCCAGCUACCCAAUUGAAGUCCCUACCCAAACCCAUGGCCAAAAAAUAAUAAUAUAUAUAUGUUGUGACAGUGUGGUUGGGUGUCGUCGAAGCUUCCCAACCACCGCAGGUGAGGACAAUGGCGGACACGGGUGUUUUAAAAGGGGUCGGGAAAGAAGCCCCUCGCCAGGAUCUUCCUCCGUUGUGAGCCGCACUGUGUCAGUGUACAAGGGUGUCGCACCCUUCUUCGUCUUCCUUGCUGUAGAGAUGAGAAAGGACUUUGGGAGGAGCAUCAAAAAACAGCAAACUCCAACCUCCAAACACGUCCCGCGACGGAGAAAGUUGGACCAACAGGGUUCUUGAACCUCCGCCGUGACCCCCUAUUGUUCACUGCUGACUACAAGAUGUGGGGGGGGGAGGCUUGGAUCUCAACCCCUCCCCUUCUCCCUGCAUGAACACAAUUACAACCAAACGGCCCCCGUUUUCUUUCACCUGGAUCGGAAAUGGUGGCGUUUGACAAACUUACACCCUUUUUAAUCACUUCUUGUUGCAAAUCCCGUUGUCUUGGUCUCACGAUGGGAUCCUGGAAGGAGAAACUUUUAACGUUCACUCGCGAUCGGGGAAAUCGGCGUGAUUUUUGGGGUGGAAAAAACAAACAAACCAGGCCCCGGAAAGUUAUAAGCUUGCCAGCUGAUGCGACAACAAAAUUGUAAACCUUCGUAACAACCACAUUUUAAAAAGUAAAGCAAGUACCCGGCCGCUUUAUCAUAAAAAGGUGGGGGAGGUCCCGUGACUACCGCCAGUGUUUUCAAAAGUUUUCACAAAACACCUCAGCGAGGGCUAGAAACGUGGCGGAUCUUUGCAUGAAAUAAAGCGACAGGAACUCGAACUUAUCUGCAUGAAACAAAACUUUUCGCUUCUUAACAUCCAAUCCGGGGUGGGUAAAAUCUGUUGCCUUAGCGUGGUGAGCUUAUGACUUUUUUCGUUUCGUUUUUUGUUUUUUUAUGACGUUUCAAGUUUUUUUUAGGACAGGGGACAAAAUCCUCACAAUUUUUGUGUUGAUUCCUAGUUUUGGCAGGAUGUAGCAUUGGGGAGGGGUGGAGAGGGGGUCUUUCUCUCCACCAGAUCAGAUGUUGCAGUUGUGGGUCUCGCGAGCCGCCCAAUUUUUCAGGACAAUCCAACCUGUUAUCCAUGCAUGGUCUUCUGGCAACUUCUAUAACUUGAGAUCUUAGAGCCUGACUUUCUAUAAGAGCUGAUACUGUAGAUAGCUAGAACUUCCUUGAAUAAGCUGGAUUUGCUUCGUCCGUGGUCAUUGAUUUGAAAUUUCUCAGCGUGUGAGCUGAGGCCGGUAAAAGGAACGACCUCUGGGUAGGUGAUGGAUCCCCUACCACACGUCUAAUGAAGGGCCACCAACUCACGUGGGUUGUGGAGGAUCUCAUUGAGAGUUAUCUCCUGGGGUUACACAACUCCAUGUUAAUGGAGAUUCUCAGCCCUCCAGGUCAUGGUUGUCCCAUGGUUGCUCUUUUUUUCAAGAGACAACUGGACUGUCUGGGUUUUUCCUUUGAAGGCGUAUCACUUCUCAUCCAAGAAGCUUCUUCAGCUCUAUAUUGGAUGGUGGAGGAUGGAUGGAUUGAUACUCCUUGCACACAGCUGGUCAUUUGCAUCCUUUUAGAGGGUCAUUGAGACCACUUUGAGGUUUAUCUGUCAUCAGAGUCACCUGUCUAUCAUCUAUCUCCAAUCUACAGCAUCAUCUAUCAAUCUACAACAUUGUCCUUUCAGCAGUUCCAAGAAAACUCCACACCCAUUUGCCACCACUCAGGUGAGCCUGAGGACACAAAUAAACUUCAAAGUGGUCUCGACGGACUCGCUAAAAGGAUGCAAAUGACCAGCUGCCUGCAAGAAGUAUCAAUCCUUCCGCUCCCCACUAUCCAGACAGAACGGAAGAAGCCUCUUGGGAUGAGAAGGGAAACGUCUUCAAAAAAAAAAAAAAAACCCAGUAAGUCCAGUUGGCUCUUGAAAAAACACCUUUGGGACAACUCCCAUGUUGAUUUCAGAACGAUCGGUUCUCGUAAUUCAGAUCCUUCGUUUGGACGAAUCCCUGCAGGGAAAUCCCACAAGCCGAUUCAGUGGGUUGCACGGAACCAUGCCAUUCAGAUGACAAUUUCAAGGGAAAUGGGGAAAUUUGAUUUGUCGGAAUCCGGUUUCCAAUCCAGCUCUCCCGUUUGGAACCCUCAAAACAAUGAUUCAGAUCACAUCCAUGGGCAUUGGCUUUCCGAAUAUUCUGAUUUCCCAAUGGGUGGGCGUUAUCCCUGUCUAAUGGCUGUCUAGAUUGGUGGGAAGACGUCGUGGGUCUAACUCAGUACAUUUCCACCUGGAAAGUUUAAGACGGGUGGAUUUCCAACUCCCAGAAUUCCCCAGCUGCAGCUGGCUGGGGAAUUCUGGGAAUUGAAGUCCACCCGUCUUAAAAUCGCCAAGGUGGACAGAUACCGGUCCGAAGUUUUUAGCCUGAUACCCCGCAAAGAGAUUUGAGAUCAAUCGGCGCAAAUCCACCAGGUCUCAAAUCAAUACGAGAAAAGCCAACAAGGGAGGUUUUUGAGAUAUUUGUAUGCUGGAAAGAGAAACCCCCAGAUUAGUUGUGUGUGUGUGUGUUUUGUGUGCAUGGCCCUCGUCCUAAUUAGAGGCGGUAUUUUGGCUCAGCGGGGCGCAUCACCGUUUUAAAGCCCGGGGUGUCGCAACAAUUACUUGCUUUGUGGAUGCUUCCCCCCCGCCAACGAUUUCGUGUUUGUUAAUUUUUUACAAUCCUUGACUCCCGAACGGAGGACAACACCGUGCCUGGAAUGCGUUGCUCUUUUCAAACACAUCAGCUGCUUUUGCGGUUUUUUUAAACUCGUGGCUUGUUUUUUUUUUUUUUUAAUUAUUAGUAUUUAUUUAUUUCCCCUGUUUCUCCCCUCUGGGUGACUCAGCCUGCCCCAAUUCCCUCCCACGCCGAAAAGACGGGGUUCACCCUGAGAUCAUCUGUCCGUGUGGCAUUUAAAAACCGAAGCGCAUGGAUUUUAAUGCUUGCAUGGCUUGGCCGGUUAGGUGAUGUUUUAAUAAUAACAGGCAGUUGCUUUUGCUAAAAGGGAAAAAAAAAUAUUUCAACAGCUACAGGACUACCGUCUACUUCUCUUUCUUUCUUUCUUUCUUUCUUUCUUUCUUUCUUUCUUUCUUUCUUUCUUUCUCUUUCUCUUCCUUCCUUCCUUUCCUUCUCUUUUUUCUUCUUUCUUUCUUUCCUUUCUUUUUAUAUCUAUCUAUCAUCUAUUUUAUAAUCUUUGCAAUGAGUCUGCGAAGAGAAACCGCGCCAAUUGUUUUCUGUUAUGCAAAGGAGGCCCUCAUAUGGACUAGAACCAUGAAGGGAUUUUUUUCCAGACAUGUAAAUAUUUUGAUUUCUGGAGCAGACAGGCCUUGUCGAUUCCUUUCCUCUUCUCUCUAUAAGAAACAAAUGGCUUUUUAUAAUCAACAACGCUGCUGCAUAAUGGACAAAUGAAAAAAAUAAUAAUAAUUCAGGGUGGCCACUGAGGGUUGUUGUUUUAUGGAUCGUGUUAUUGUUGCUGUAAUUAUUGUCGUUAUUAUUAUUAUUAUUAUUAUUGCUCUUUACUAUGAUCAUAUUUUCAGGCCACCCAGAAGGUGAUUUUCAGGGCAGGAAACCCCACAGUAUGUUAAUUUUUUUAUUUAAAAAAUCAAUCUUCAUAGGAAAGGAAGGGAACGCAUGUUUCUCAAUGCUUUUUAAUCCCUGUAUUUAUUAGCAGAAUCGAAGGAAGCAAAGUGAUUUUUUGUAAGUUUUGGUAUCUGAUACAAAGAGCAAUGCAGAUCUUUGAAAUUUCGGGCGCCCCCUCCUCCCUCUUAAUUUCCUGUCAUGGUUUAAAAAUUAAAAAAAACAGCAAAAUAUCCGUUCAGACCACUGGUAAGAGCAACCCAGAUUUAAAGGAAAGCUGGAUAAAAAAAAAAGCAGGAGGAAAAAAGAGAAUAAGAAUAAAGGGAUAGAAAAGAAGACUCCUUCCCCUCCCCCCAAUCCAUUUUAUGCCCCGCCUGGUUUUGUCCCAUGCCCACCCACUGGAUUCUGACCCCGCCCACUUUGGAUUCUGGCCCUGCCCCAUACUGGCUCUGAUCCCGCCUUCCUCCAACUUCUGAGAAAGCAUUCUCAACCCUCUUUGUAGCAAAAAGGGCUCUCUCAACCCCUGACCAGGCCCAACAAUGUUUCUAGUCCUCAAGAUCAUCAUCUUUUUUCUUUUUAACGUAUUCUUUGCCUGUUCCUCCCUCUCCUUCCCUCUGAACAGAGGUGGUAUUGGUUCGGACCGGUUCGUGCGAACCGGUAGUGGUGACUGCAGGCCUCCUGCCUUCUUCCACCCUCGCCUCAUAACAACCCUGCGAGGAAACCACCCGGAAAGCAAGAAAGCCAGAACCAAUUCGAUGAAUCAAUUGACAGGGAAGGGAGAAGCAUUUCGGUUUUGACGCAGGGACGGGAUGGUUCCUAAGAGACAAGCUGUUAAAUUGCAAAGCUGCAAAGAUUUAUGGGCCGUUCGGGUUUGUCGAGCGAGCAGAGAAUGGGCUCCCCAGCAUCUUCUAAGCAUGCCGUCCUCUAACUUAAAAAAUAACCAGAUUUGCAGAUCUAAUAUCCCCCCCCCCCUAACAUCGCACCGGCAGUGAUUUUAGUGGCCGAGAACUCCAAAAUCCAGUUACAACAUCGGGGAACGUAAAAUAAAUUGCAUUUUCAGUCAGCCAGAAAGAAAUCCUUCCCUACAUAUGUUUUAUUGAAAGAGCGCAUCAGCAAAAAGAUUGGAAACAAACCCAACGCUGAUAAAUAAAUAAAAUAAACAAACCCGACUCCAAUAAAGAACAGGUGUACAUAAAUACCUGUUCUAAUAAAGAACAGAUAUACCUUGUAUAUCCUCAUAAAAAAACCACAGAAGUGGACCCUUGCUACCACAAUCUUGGAAAAAAGCCGCAAUGUUUUUAUAAACCCAGCUUCCGCACAGACGCCUUCUAAAUAGCAGAUCGGCGAUCUACCCAACAUCGGGUGUGUCCAUUCGAUGGCUAAACCUAGUUAAUUUUCGGCUGAGUUAAAUGUCAAGGAGGGGGGGUGGCUCAUUUGAGGAGGGGUCUAUGGUCAUUGGGUUUGUGCCAAAUCUGGUUUUAAUACCUUUGGCCAUCCAGAGUGUGGAUUGUAUGUGGCAUCUUCCCUUGCAGAGAUAAAGAUAACAAACCUAACGAUUUAACAUCAUUCAAAAGCGGGGGGUGGGUGGGUGGGUGAGAAAUAUUAUUUGCACUUUUAAAAGGAACGCACUCACACCUCGCGCUUUUAAAAGUCUGAACAUCCUAUCGGCAAAAAAACCCCCACCACAACUGCACUUCUGCCCUUGGAGUUCAAGACAAGUUCACCACGUAAAGUUGUGAAAAAUAAAAAGGCCGUGCAAAAACACACAAACACACACACACAAACACACGGGAAUUGGGCGGUGGGGGGGGGUUGUUCUAUAAAACUCUCCCCCCCACCCCGAAGUCUCAAGUCUGAAGUUGUCCUCUCUAAAUUGUCAUCCUCUCCAUCGGAGCUAGCGUGCCUCCCAAGAACUAGGUUGUGUGUCAGGUCAUUUGUCUCCCUGGGUUCCGUUUUUCAUGAGAAUAAUUUCUUGCAGACGUGAGAGGCUUGCUAAAAAGUGUUGUGUUUUUGUCCCUGCCAUCCUCCUCUUUUAUUUCCUUCACAUCCACUCAACGGGUGAUCUUCAGACUUUGGGAUCUGAUCCCAGAGGUUCGAUCCAUCCAUCAAUCAGAACAGAGCUGGAAGGGACCUUGGAGGUCUUCUAGUCCAGCCCCCUACUCAAGCAGGAGACCCUAUACCAUUUCAGACCAAUGGCUGUCCAGUCUCUUCUUAAAAACCUCCAGGGAUGGAGCGCCCACAACUUCUGGUGGCAAGCCGUUCCACCGGUUAAUUGUUCUCACUGUCAGGAGGUUUCUCCUUAAUUCCAGAGGUUGCUUCUCUCAUAGGGUUAGUUUCCAUCUGUUGUCCUGCCUUCUAGUGCUUUGGGAAAUAGGUUGACCCCCCUCUUCUUUGGGGCAGCCCUUCAAAUACUGGACUACUGCUUUCAUAUCACCCCUAGUCCUCCUUCUCUGUGGACAAGCAGUGCCCAGUUCCUCAUAUGUCCUUCACAUGUUUUAAUCUUCAGCCACCUAAUCAUCUUUGUUUACUCUUCUGCUUUCUAAUUCUAAAGGUUGGCUGAGCCAGGCACCUGUUGGGACCUGCAUUUUAUUGGGAGGGGCAAAUGUUGACCCCUCCUGAGGACCUCUAAUCAUGCUGUUCCCCCCUCCCUGCUUCAUGUUGCUUCCAAUAUUACCUGACCUUUUUAGCUGUUGUUGUUCUUAGUUGCCAAGUUAUGUUCGACCCAUCCUGACCCCAUGGACCACAUUCCUCCAGGCCUUCCUGUCCUCUACCAUCCUCCGGAGUCCAUUUAAGCUCACGCCGACUGCUUCAGUAACUCCAUCCAGCCACCUUGUUCUCUGCUGUCCCUUUCUUCUUUUGCCCUCCAUCGUUCCCAGCAUUCGGCUCUUCUCCAGGGAGUCCUUCCUUCUCAUUAGGUGGCCAAAGGAUUUGAGUUUCCUCUUCAGGAUCUGGCCUUCUAAAAAGCAGUCAGGGUUGAUCUCUUCUAGGACUGACAGGUUGGAUGGCCUUGCAGUCCAAGGGACUCGCAGGAAUCUUCUCCAGCUCCAUAGUUCAAAGGCCUCCAUUCUUUGGCGCUCAGCCUUCCUUAUGGUCCAACUCUCACAGCCAUCCAUUGCAACUGGGAAAACCGCAGCCUGGACUAUACGCACUUUUGUUGGCAGGGUGAUGUCUCAGCUUUUUAGUACGCUGUCUAGAUUUGCCAUGGCUUUCCUCCCCAGGAGCAAGCGUCUUUUAAUUCCUUGGCUGCGGUCCCCAUCUGCGGUGAUCUUGGAGCCCAGGAAAAUAAAAUCUGUCACUUCCUCCAUUUCUUCCCCAUCCAUUUGCCAGGAAUUGAGAGGGCCGGAUGCCCUGAUCUUAGUUUUCUGAAUGUUGAGUUUUCAAGCCAACGUUUGCAGUCUCCUCCUAUUCACCCGCAUCAAGAGAAAAAGAAAUGCAAGAAAGCAAAAUGGCAAAAAUGAUUAUUUUUUUCGUAGCUGUAUCUACCACCAAGAGGGAGAUAUAGCCCAGGCGAGCAGUUACAUACUCUUUGGAAAUGUUCACGCUAUCUGCAAGAUUUUUUCUUUUCCAACCCUUUCCGGUGCACUUUAAACAGGGACUUGCCGGGAAGCGUGGAGGGGGUCUUCCAAGAAGGACUCUCUUGCUAAAUGCCAGCAGGCUGCCCCCGUUGCUCUUCCACCCAUCAGCGGCUUUUCCGGCUAAUAACUGCUGUCAGAAAUGUGGGUUCCCACCCCCCACCCCUCACCCACAAUUUCCUCCUUUUAAAAAAGGCGAAUGAUAUUUGAAUAAACUGCACUUCCAUGGAAGCCAUCUCUCUCUCUUUUUUUUGAAAAAAGUUUUUUUUCUUUUUCUUUUCUUAUAUACAUAUUGCAAAUGUAUAUUCUCUUGUCCGUACAUAAUCAUACAUAUUUUUUCUAAAGAAAGCACAAAGAGAAGACACUCUGAUUAAGUUUGGGGUUGCUCUUCUACCCUUCCUUUCCCUUCAUUUCGCAACAAACUUUCUUCUCCUCUUUUCCUUCCCUCCCUCCUUCCCUUUCCUACCUUCUUCCACUUCCUCUCCUUCCUACAUCCCCCUUCCUCUUUCCCUCCUUUCUCGCCUUCUCCCCUACUCUUCUCCCCUACCCUGUCUUCCUCUCCUUCCCCUUCCUUCCAUCCCUCUCUCUCCUUCACCUCCUCUAUUCUCCUCUCUUUCUUUCUUUCUUUCUUUCUUUCUUUCUUUCUUUCUUUCUUUCUUUCUUUCUUUCUCAUGGAAGCCAUCUUUAAGAAGACAAACUCGGUUAGCAUCCAGCAAAACGGACUUAGGAGGAUGAUGGGUUGCAAAGAGAGCAAUCUGGGCUGGGAUUUGGGGCAUGAGAAUCAAUUCUUGUGUCUCUGAGCAGGCAGUGUGGAUGGGGCAUAUUUGCCUCUUAUCUGUUUCCCACCUACCCAUCCCCCCUUCCCCCCGUUGCAUUGAUUUGUGCCUGCAGGAGUGGUGCAGUGGGCAAGUGGUGGGGCUCUGGCCUCACAAUCAGGAGGCUGUGAGUUCGAUCCUAGGUAGAAACAGUUUUAUUUCUCUCUCUGGGCACGACGAGAAUAUAUCUGUCGAACAAAACUCCGCAUUGGCGACAGGAAAGGCAUCCGGCCAGUAAACCACCCUGCUAGCUCCAUUCAGUUGUCCACCCCCUGCAAAGGAUUACGAGGUCGUUAAAACAUGAUGACUGCUAAGACAGUCUGUUAUUAAACACAGCGGCCUGCAAUUACUGCAGGUUCAAGCCCCACCAGGCCCAAGGUUGACUCAGCCUUCCAUCCUUUAUAAGGUAGGUAAAAUGAGGACCCAGAUUGUUGGGGGCAAUAAAAGUUGACUUUGUAUAUAAUAUACAAAUGGAUGAAAACUAUUGCUUAACACAGUGUAAGCUGCCCUGAGUCUUCGGAGAAGGGCGAGAUAUAAAUGCAAAUUAAAAAAUAAUAAUAAUGAUGAUUUUUUUUUGCCUGCCCACCUCACACGCCCAGUCUCUGCGCCCAGUCUAGGAUUUGAAAGAGAUUUUAAAAGGUGGGUUUCCUGGAUCUGGGAACGCUCCAACGGAGGGAAAACUGUACUUUUGCAGCUAACAGACUCCUCUGCAAAAGAACAUAGAGCCAACAGUCGUAGGAAGGAAGAAAGAAAGAAAGGCCUACAUUCCUGCUUUUUUUAUUAUUUUUAAUUGACUCUCUGGAGACAAUUGACUUUCAGCCUCCGUUUCUCUACCAAAUCUUCCCGUUUAAAUCAUGAGCAAAGAAGCAGAAUGCCACAUCGGCAAAGGGGCCAGAAUCCAAUUUAUAUUUAUUAAUUUAUCUCUCUUCCCCCCGCCUCCCCAAUAUUCCGCUGAAUUUACUUUUCUUUGCUUGUGGUUGCCUUCUUUUGUUUUAAUGGGUACGGCGUCGCUUAUGGAGAAAGAUGGGAGAGGAAUUUAGGAACAGAAGGACCAACAGUUUAGAUCGGGGGUGGGUGGGGGGAGGAGCUCUCCAAACUUGGUCACUUGUGGACUUCAACUCCCAGAAUUCUCCCAGUUGGAGUGGCAAAGCUUUGGGUGACCACUAGAGGGCAGCAAAGAGAUAGGAAUCUCCUUGCUGCCACCUGAUGGUCAUUUCAGUCGUGGUGCGUUGGAUUCCCAGAAUUCUCAUGGCUGGCUGGAGAAUUCUGGGAAGUUGAAGUCCACACGUCUUAAAAGCAGCCAGAUUUGGAGACCCCUGGUUUAACCCGCUGGUUUCUUAUAGUGGAUGCCGUUAUUUUACUGAUGACGACGAUGGUGAUGAUCAAUGCUAAGGAUUGUGGGAAAGUCAACCGAAAUGCAUAAAAUGGUCAGCGAGCUUUCCAAGAUCAUUAUUUUAAAGCCAACUCAUUUUGAGCCAGGUGGUUUCUUGGAAACUUCCACGCAUACUUACCACCACCCCACUUACAAAAGUUAGCUCUAAUUCCAGGUGGGGGGAUUUAGUUUUUCACAACUCCUUGCUCUUUCCUUCGGCAUCGUGCCAACUUGGAAUUGAACUGUCUGAUUUCCAUUUUUAAAGGCUGUCUAUGCAUUUGCAAGAACGGGGAACGCAUAUUCAAUUUUUUUUCCCCCUGCAUUCUAAUUUUAAAAAAUAAUGCAAGGAAGGCCCACAUUCCUUUCCUUUCCCUGUUUCAUUCUGGGUGGGGAGCCAAACUCCUAUCAGGCAGGGGAAACAUGCAUCCUUUUUCGAUAUAUUUUAAUGGUCUUUAUUCCUGCUCCAUCCACUGAGCUUAGAUGGAUUGCAUCCGGCUUCCUUUUGGAGCUCGAGGGGUUGCCAACAUGGCUAAACCUCGGAUUUCUCCUUGUAUCCAAGGACAUUAGCAGUGGUGGGCCGCUGCCAGUUUGGGCGAACUGGUAGUUCCGACGAUCAGCUGGCUCCUCCCACCCGCCACCCGCCCUACCCUGUCCUAUAUUUCCUUUCUUUCUGGCUCAGCUGAUUCGCGUGGCACAGCUGAUUUCCGCGCCUCCGCUGUUGUACUUACCGGGGCUUGCCUUAGAAGGUAACCAGCUGAGCUUCAAAUGGCUGUAUUUUGAACGCUGCGCACAAGCACGUUAGGCAAAGUGCGCAUUCGCCGAGCCGGUUGUUAAACCGUUUGCAGCUCACCACUGGACGUCAGCCACCGAUGGGAUGACGAAGGCUAUUUUGCCAUCCCAAGAUAUCAGUAGUAUCCUUGUUGGGCAGGGCUAUCUGCUUUCCCUUCGGGACGCAAACACGAAGGGCUCGUUUCCCGGGGGAACAGCUAACGUAGAUCGCGGCUAACUUCCUUUCGGAAGUUUGUAGCCUCUGAUUUCUCCUUCCUUCAACGCCAUCAAGUGUCUGAUGGAGGUUCUUGGUCAUCCACGUCUGGUGGUGCCACAGCAUGCCAGAAACCGGGCUGCGCAAACGGGUGAGGAUGUAGACACCACACCAAACCAGGCCCCCUCCGGACCACAGAAAAAACCUCUCUCCACGGGGCCCAAAAAGUUGGAGAUCACUGAUCCAGGUCAGUCAAAGUUGUCCCAAAGAAGCUUUUCCAAAAAAAACAAAA